ACCGUUAGAAACCUGUCUUUUUCUUAAAAAAAAAACACAAUUAUUACCCAUCAAAAUUAAUAAAAACAUAUCAAUUGUCAAAACUCUGAUCACCAACAACCGGAUCAAAAUUCAAAACCCUCCACCAUCACCUCCGAUCAAAUUCAACAUGGAGAGAGGACCCCGAUACAAAGCUUACGCCGAUCUUCGCGAAUCGAAACUCAGGUUAAGAUCCAAAGCAAACCCACCCCCUAAACACCACCGCUCUGCUAAUACUUCCACUCUACCGGAAAUUCAUGUAAAGUUUCCUGCCAAUAGGCGAAAAGGGUCCUCUGUUUUGGCUCAAUCUGUUCCUGACUUCUCCUCUGUUUUGAGAAAGGAGAAUCGGAAACCGUCGCUGCCACCCGUAGCCGAGAAGUCUGUAACGCCACCGGCUAAGAGGUCUUCGAGAUUAUACGAGGUUAAUGCGAAAUUGAUGGGUAGUAAGUCGUCGCUUUCGAGUACAAAGAGGAGUGGUGGUCUGUUGACUGAGAGGAGAAGCUAUGCGAAUAUGGAUGAAUUGAAGAAAUUUUCUGCGGCAGCUGCUAAUGCCAUUAAUGGUGAAAACAGGGGAGGAGGAAGAACCAGUGUUCUGCGGUCUAGACAAUAUUAUUGAAUUUUGAUUUUUGUUUUUUAAGGUUUUUUUUAUGUUUAAAAUGAUGGUUUGGUUUUUGGUUGGA